AUUUUACAUGCAAUUUUCCUAAUAUGAUAUAGUUUAGGUUAAUCAUCUUAAGACUGAGACACAUUCACUGAUGUUAAAAAAAUAUUAAAAACAAUAUAAAAUAGUGGGGGUCAAAAGAAACUUUCAAUAUUCUGUUUGAUAACGUAAAUAUGACCAUACUAUAGUUAUAUUGGUCAACUCAACUUCAUGAAAGAAAGUGUAACUCAAAAUACAUUAACCUAAACAUGAGUUUCAUUUUGAAAGAAAUUCUAAAACUGAUACCGUACAUUCUCUUUAAUUUAUAUGAUAAACUCUUGUAUCCUCACCCUAUAUAUUCUUAGUAUCUGUGCAUAUCAAAAUCCAUCCUAUCUUUUAAGCAUAAAAGAAAUAAAAAGGACAAGGAAAAAAAAAAGAUUAACCAAUAAGAUGGGAAGCAAAGCUGUUGUCUCAGUCUACUUAAUUAUUUCACUGUGUGCUGCCAUCUUUGUCACUCGUGGAGUAGCUCAAAUGCAAAAUCCUCAGGCGAUUCCAGGACUUUUUCCACCUGGCUUAGUACCUAUUGAUCUCGUCAAAUGUUGGUCGUCUCUCUUUACCGUCCAAGGAUGUGUCCUGGCAAUCUCCAACUCUUUUUUUUCUGGAAAAUUUGAAAACGUUGAAGCGGCAUGCUGCAAGGUGUUUUCAACUUUAGAUGCAAACUGUUGGCCUCAUAUGUUUCCUUUGAAUCCUUUCUUCCCUCCUCUCCUCAAGGACAAUUGUGCGCGUAUCACCCCUAACUCCCCUGCACACAACUGAAAGGAACAAUGAUUGUUCGUCUACAGUUUUAGACUAGUAUAUUAGCUUCAAUGUCUAAGUUUUUCAUGUGUGAACUCAAUUAUUAG